GAAGUUGGUUGACGUAAAUAGUUCGUCAAAUAUGGCGGUGUUUGAUUUUUGAUGUUUAAUUUUAAAUCGAUAUUGCAAGCGUGUUUAUCCAGUUAACAUUAUUUUCUUACCGAUUCCGGACCAGAAACAAUAAUGAGCUACAAUAAUAAGAAUAACGUUUGGGGCGGAAAGCAUCCACAAGGCGCCAACCAAAUGGGGUCUAUGAGCAAUCUGAACCAUUCGGGCAUGGUGCCAUUUCAGCCCCAGCAGCAAGUGUUUCAAAAUAUGGGGCUCAAUCAGCAGAAUUUGGGGCUGAACCAGCAGAACUUGGGGCUCGGGUUACAGCAAAUGGCAGCGAACCAGUUGAACUUCGCUUCUAACCCCAUUUUCCAACAGCAACUAUCAGCUGUAAGUUACCCCAACACAAGGGGCCUCAAUCCCAAUGCCUUUCAAACGCAAACGAAUGUUCAGUCGAAUUCAGCAGGUGGUACCAAACAGAAAGUGUUCACCGGUUCAAUCACUCAGCUUCAUGAGAACUUUGGCUUCAUUGAUGAUGAAGUAUUUUUUUCUCGAAACGUUUGCUUGAAAGGUUCCACUCCAAUGGUGGGUGACAGGGUUCUGGUUGAGGCAGCUUUCAACCCUUCAAUGCCCUUCAAAUGGAAUGCAACCAGGGUUCAAGUGAUGCCAAACGGCCCCAGAGAACAAAGGCCUGUAGAGGGAAAUAAUACGUACCCCAGACGAGAUUUUAGUCGGGAUCCCAGAACCAAGCCAAGUGUCGGCGAAAGAAGAAAUCGGUCCCGCGAGCGGGAUGACGAUGAGAUUGAGAGAAAGAGACGCCGAGAGGAUCGAAUCCGGGAAAGGGAAAAGGAGGACAAGGAGCGAAAGUCGCCUGUUAGGCGCCGAUCGAGGUCGCCGAAAGCUCGCCGUCGCACCAGGACUAUUCCCAGAUAUAUGGUGCAAAUCCCGAAAAUCAGCUUGAACUUGACCGACGCCGAUUUACUGGAGCUGAAGAAGCGCUACCCCAAUCUGUACAUUCCUUCCGACUUUUUCAACACCUACAUCCGUUGGGUGGACGCGUUUCCUGCUGAUAAACCGUACGCCCUCAAUAGGCCCUGUUCGUUCCACAUUAUGUAUAAAGAACUGGACCCAAUUGGUGAAAAUGAUGCUGUACUAGAGCCUGCUGAUGCCGAUUACAGAUUUUCUGCAAAGGUGAUGCUGAUGAGCGUGCCUGUUAUCGAGGAAAUCUAUCAAAAGUGUUGCGCCAUUGCUGAAGAUAAAGACUCGCGUGAUCGGGAGAGCGAAGAUCGCGAUCACAUUCAUCCCACCAGAAUGAUCAAUUUCCUGGUCGGUCUCAGAGGGAAGAACGAAACGAUGGCGAUCGGAGGCCCCUGGAGUCCGUCCCUAGACGGUGAAAAUCCCGAAAAAGACCCUGCUGUUCUAAUCAAAACUGCCAUCAGGACCUGCAAGGCAUUGACUGGGAUCGACUUGUCGAAUUGUACCCAGUGGUACCGCUUCGUGGAGCUGUAUUAUCGACGCGGGGAGACGACACACAAAGGAAAAGCUAUUCCGGCCAGAGUCGAAACUGUUGUAAUCUUCUUGCCGGAUGUAUGGAGCUGUCUGCCCACGCGGCUUGAGUGGGAGGAGGUGCAGCUGAGCUACCGUAAACACUUGGAAAAAAUCAUCAAAACUGAUGCGGAGGAGACUGAGGAGGCUGACAUCGGCAUCGAUGAUAAGGAGGAAGACAACGAGGAAGUGUUGGAGCCCACAUUGCAUAGCGAGUUGAAUCCCAAAGCCAUGACCGUGGUCCAGCUAAGAACCGAGCUAAAAGCCAGAAAAUUGGACUUUAAGGGACUGAAGGCUCAGUUGGUUGCCCGCUUGACUAAGGCCCUGAAAAGUGAAGCCGAUAGGGAAGAGGAAGAUCCUAGGGAGAAGCCCAACUCCGACGGCGAGGCGGAAUGUGAAAAAGAUGAUGCUCCUGAAGCUUCCCCCAGUGCGGAAAAGGAUAAGAAGUCUGAGCCAGAAGAAAAGAAACUGGAUGAAGUCCAGAAAAGACGACUGGAAAAACAGUACACUUUACCCGAUCAGCCUCAUCUGAUCGUGCAUCCUUCGAAGGUAGCAAAAUCUGGCAAAUUCGACUGCACUUCAAUGUCGCUUUCGCUUCUACUCGAUUAUCGCCCCGAAGACACAAAAGAACAUUCAUUUGAGGUUUCAUUGUUUGCGGAACUUUUCAACGAGAUGUUGAUGAGGGACUUCGGGUUCAACAUAUUCAAGGCACUGUACCAGGUGCCGGAGAAACCCAAGGAAAAGGAGGAGGACCGAAGAAAGAAAGACGAGAAGAAAAAGAAGGACGAUGACAAGAAGGACGAAAAGUCAGACGAUGAAAGCAGACCCGAAGAAAACACGGAACCCAAAAAGGAGGACGACGAUAAGAAAAAGGACCGCAAGUCCGAUUCCAGUGACGAAGACGACGAUGAUGGCCGCAGAAGCACAAAAGACAAAAAAAAGAAGGACCGCGUCAAGCUGAUCACCAAGGACAAGCAUCUGUUGCUCUCAUUCGUCUACUUUGAUCAAUCCCACUGCGGCUACAUAUUCGACAAGGACAUGGAGGAGCUUCUAUACACACUCGGUCUCAGUUUAUCCAGAUCUCAGGUGAAGAAGAUCGUCAACAAAGUGGUCACCAGAGACACGUUGCAUUAUCGCAAGUUAACCGAUAAGCCCAAGGAAGAAGAAAAGGAGGAACUAGAAAACGGAGAAAAACACGCGGAAAUCGCUGUGAAUUGGCACGAAAUUGCGUUGGGCAACAAGAAAUUGCUGCCCGUCUUUGAAGAGGAGGCAUCGAAGAUCAGUGUGAAGCCCGCAGUUGAAGGCGGAAAACCCCUGGGUAGUGAAGAUUUAGUGGUGUAUCAAGGCGCAGUGGUGGACAUUGGCAAGUUGUUGAGUCAGUUGGACAGAAGCGAAAAGGCGCGGAUAGAAACAGAGCAGUGUCUUAUAGACCUGAAAACCGAGAACCACAAGCUUUCGGAUAAAUAUUCGAAAUCCAGCUCCACGAUCAAGCACUUGAACUCGGAAAUAAAGGAAUACAAGGACAAGUUGCGCAGCACCGAGGAUGUUCUGGGAAGGUCAAAUGCCCAUUCGAAACUAUUCCAAACCACUUUGAUGGACAUUCGCGAUAAAAUCGAACCAGUAUUAAAAACGGCGUCGCACAAAGAUGAUAGAAAGGACAGGGAGCGGGAUAAUGACAAGAAAAAGGACAGGGACGAUGGAAAAUCUCGGUGGGAAAAAGACGGCUCGCGUAAGGACGGUUACGAUAAAGAUAAAAAAGAGCACGGGGUGAAAAAAGAGGUCAAAGAUCAGGACAUCAAAAAAGAGAAAAAAGAGGACGACGCAGAGGUUAAAGUUAAAAAGGAGGUUGACGAUGUCCAGCCAAACGAAGAAAAGCUGUAGAGCAUAGAUAAGGGGUUUAAUUAAUUUCUUACUUACUUAAUAGUGAUUUUGCCUUAAAAUGUAAGUAGAAACAUUGCAUUAUUUAAUUUGGGUUUUUAAAUACUUGAAAUUUAUUAUGUGAAAUUGUCGAACGAUUAAACCGACCAAAAAUGUGUUUGA